AUGAAGUCUCAUUCGUUUUUCACAUUCAUUUUCAUUUGGGUCCACAAGAUCUCACUAUCACACCAUUUCUUUAAUCAUCUGCUCCAAUUUUCCACACCACAAAGCUCCGCCUGUAAAAAUGACAAGAAAAAGAACCCACUAUUGCAACUCCAAUUAGAGAGUGUAGCGAACUCAAUGGCUUUGUUUCUGUCUGCUGCUCUUCUCCCCUCUUCUUCCGCGCUUCUUCCACGCCUUCCCAGAAGCACUUCCAGGCUCUGCAUCGCUUCUAGCCAUGGCGGCGGCGUUGAGCUAGUUGCAGAUUCUGCUGCCCCUGCCCAAAGGGUAAGUUUCGGGUUCAAAAAUUUGGCGGAUACUUUUUGGGUGGAUGUGCAGAGGGCUGAAGGGAGGCCGUUGAGUGUUGGGCUUAAUUCGCCAUUGCAUAUUGGGGAAACGAAGCUUGAAAUGGUGGACAAUGUUGCAAUCAGAGUGGAACUGAGUAAUGGGUGUGUGGGUUGGGGGGAAGUUCAAGUGCUACCUCUUGUUACUGAUGUCAAUCUGGAAACAGCUCUUGGGAAGGCUGAGGAUAUCUGCAGCUACCUCCGGCGGACCCCGCCGACGACUCUGAAUUCGGUGUUUGAUGAUAUUGCCGGACUUCUAUCCCCCCGGGAGUUUGCUCCGAUCAGGGCUGGGGUGGAGAUGGCAUUGAUUGAUGCAGUUGCAAAUAGCAUCGAUGUUCCACUCUGGAGAUUAUUCGGUGGUGUCACAAGUACCUUAACCACUGCAAUUACAGUCCCAAUUAUUUCCCCAGCAGAGGCGUCACUAUUGGCUUCAAAGUAUUGCAAUCAAGGAUUUGAGACUCUUAAGCUUGUUGUUGGGAAAAACUUUGCUGCAGAAAUUGCAGCUAUUGAAGCCAUAAAGGAAGCUCAACCCUGCUGCUCAUUCAUGUUCGAUGCAAACGAAGGAUACACGCCCGACGAAGCAAUAAAAUUUCUCAAGAGAUUGAAGGAUAUGGGGAUAGUUCCUCUUGUUUUUGAGCAACCUGUAGCCCGAGAUGACUGGAAAGGCCUUCGCGAAGUCAGUAACUUAGCUAGAGAGUAUGGAGUACCCGUUGCAGCCGAUGAAAGCUGUCGGAAUUCGACCGAUGUUCGAAAGAUUAUCGACGAAAACCUCGUGGAUGCCAUAAACAUCAAGUUACCCAAGUUUGGAGUCCUUGGAGUUCUAGAAAUAAUAGAGCUGGAAAGAAAAUCAGGCUUGAUUCUUAUGAUUGACAGCAUGGCAGAGACGAGACUCGGGACCGGGUUUGCAGGCCAUUUGGCUGCUGGCUCUGGCUGCUUCAAGUACAUUGUUCUUGAUGCACCAUUUUUAUUAGCAGAAGAUCCUGUUGUUGGAGGUUAUGAAGCUUCUGGUGCUGUUUACAAGUUCAAUAAUGCUAGAGGCCAAGGAGGCUUCCUGAAUUGGGAUCUUCUUCCCGAUGCUGGUGGGUCACCUUAAAAUCCUGCAACUUGGCAGGCAGCUUUAAUUGUUACUCUGUAGAAAAUAAAUACUUGCAGUUGGAUGCAUGGCUCUCUGCAAAUUGCUAAAUCUAUAAAUUCCAAAGCCAUGAAAAUCAGAGGAAAUUAAUACUAGUAUUUUAUAGUGUAUAUUAAAUAAACUUGGGGUUUCCAACUCUUAAAAUUGUUAGAUAUGAAUCAGCAUCUUCCUCUAUAGUUUUUCAUAUUUACUUGUAAAUUUAAAUCUCCACCUUUUUAUGCAGAAACUCGAGUAUAUAUGUUUGGUUAAGUUAGA